AUGGCAGAUCCUGCUAGUUAUGGCAACCCUGAUCGCGACAUUGACCUGGCACUGAUUGCUUUGAAGAAGGGAACACAAUUAAUCAAGUACAGCAGGAAAGGGAAGCCUAAAUUUUGUACAUUCAGACUUUCUCCUGAUGAAACAACACUGAUUUGGUACUCACGUGGAGCAGAAAGGCAUCUGAAGUUAUCGUCUGUUCAACGGAUUAUUCCUGGACAGAGAACAAUUUACAAGGACAAAGUUGAAUCUGAGGUGUGGCUUGCUGACCUUAAGGCUUUAACAUCAACUGGUCAAGCACGUAACAGGCAUACGAGAAGUGAAAUUUAUGAUUUACACGGCACCAGCGAUAGCAUCCCCCAAGAAAACCGCCCGUUUGCUGCAUCACUAGAGUUCACAUCCAGCCUCCCAAGUGGCAAGUUUGCCGCAGACUACAGCUCCCGCGACUCGAACUGCUCCGUCGGCUCGAGCUCAUAUGCGGCCUCGGGGCCCGGCUCCGGGUCCGAUGACAUAGAGUCGCUCGGCGACGUCUACCUGUGGGGCGAGAUCUGGUCUGAUGGGACCCCAGGCCCCGACGGCCCUGUCCCCACCAAGACAGACAUCCUCAUUCCCCGGCCCCUCGAGACCAACAUUGUCCUCGAUGUCCACCAGAUUGCGUGCGGGGUCCGCCACACUGCACUCGUCACGCGCCAGGGGGAGGUCUUUACCUGGGGGGAGGAGUCGGGCGGAAGGCUUGGACACGGGGUCGAGCGCGACUUCACCCGCCCCCGCCUGGUCGAAUCCCUGGCAGUCACCAAUGUUGAGUCCGUCUCAUGCGGGGAAUUCCACACAUGUGCACUCUCCUCAUCCGGUGACCUCUACACGUGGGGCGAUGGGACCCAUAAUGUUGGCCUCCUCGGCCAUGGCAAUGACGUCAGCCAUUGGAUUCCGAAGCGUGUCUCGGGAUACCUGGAGGGCCUCCAGGUCCUGUCGAUUGCCUGUGGAACCUGGCACUCGGCCCUUGCCACCUCGUCUGGAAAGCUCCUCACAUUUGGGGACGGGAAGUUCGGCGCCCUGGGCCACGGGGAUCGGGAGAGCGUUGCGUACCCCAAAGAGGUGUCUAAUGCUGCAGGCCCCAUCGUGUCCUCGAGGAAACUCUUCACUUGGGGUGAUGGGGACAAGUACCAGCUCGGUCAUGGAAGCAAGGACACAUACCUCGUCCCAACAUGCGUGUCGGGCCUCAUCGACUACAACGUCCAGCAGAUCGCGUGUGGCGCCAGCAUGACUGUCGCGCUCACCAACUCGGGCCAUGUCUUCACGAUGGGAAGCAACACCUACGGCCAGCUCGGGAAUCCCCAGUCGGAGGGAAAGUCUCCCGUCCUGGUACAGGACCGGCUUGUGGGGGAGUUCGUCGAGCAGAUCUCUUGCGAGACCCACCAUGUGGCCGUCCUCACGCUGAGAAAUGAAGUGUUCACAUGGGGCCGGGGGACUAAUAGGCGGCUGGGCCCCGGGGACGUGGACGACCGCGGGUCCCCCACACUGGUGGAGGCCUUCAAGGACAGACACGUGCGCAACAUCGCAUGCGGGUCCAACUACACAGUCAGCAUAUGCAUCCACAAGUGGGUCUCGGGGGCUGACCAGUCGGUGUGCACAGCAUGCAGGCAGGCUUUCGGUUUCACAAGGAAAUGGCACAACUGCUACAACUGUGGACUCGUCCACUGCCAUGCAUGCAGCUCGAAGAAAGCGAUGAAAGCGGCCCUGGCCCCCACACCAGGGAAGCCACAGAGGGUGUGUGAUUCGUGUUACUUGAAGCUGAAGAAGGCGUCACAGGUUGGGAGCCAGGCUACCAUAAACCGGAGGCAGUCUGCCCACCGUGGGUCUGUGGAUUUCGGCAACAGGUCCAACCGGUCCGAAGUGAGGGCCUCACGGGUGCUUCUGUCCCCUACGGUGGAGCCUGUUAAGUAUCUUGAGGUCAAGUCGCGGGGCACCAGUGGGCCCAGGUCGGAAGACUACUCCAUCGUCUGGGCCUCGCAGGUGCCAUCCUUGUUGCAGUUAAAGGACAUUGCUUUCCCGAGUUCGCUUAGUGCCCUCCAGUAUGCUCUGAAGCCCGUGAUCACGUCGGGCCCACAGCAGUUCCAGCAGCCCACGACACCGUACCAGUCGGGCUCUAGGCCCGCAUCGCCCUACUCGAGGAGGCCAAGUCCGCCGCGCUCGGCGACCCCUGUUUUGUCGAGGGGCGUUGUCGACACUCGGAAAAAGACGAAUGAUGUCUUGACGCAAGAGAUCAAGAGUUUGAAACAGAAAAGUGAGGCUCAAGAUGCAGAAAUUCACAAGUUGAAGGAAACUGCCGAGGCCGCAAACGCAUUGGCCGCGGAUAGGUCUUCUGUCUGCGUUAGAGCAAUGCGAGCUGUCAAGAGCAUCACUGCUCAAUUGAUGGAAGUUUCGGACAACCUGCCCCCCGUGAUAUCAGAAAGCAAAUCUUUCAAGAACAUGCAAGCCCAAGUUGAGUCGCUUCUCGACAAGAUCGUGUCCCAAGCACUUGAUGAUAAUUCCACAUACCCACCAGAAACAUCACACGACCAACAGCAACAUAAUCAUUCGGGAGAAACACUGUCAGCUAGUGAAACAAAUCAUAGAGAAGAUCACAGAGCAGAAGAUAGUAGUGCCGAUGGGACUUUACAGGAAAUGGGAGAAGCAUCCGUCUCUCAUGCUCAAGGUACAAGUCAAUCGAACACAGACAAAGGGUCCGGGACCCCUCAGGGGACACCGGUCGAGGGACUGAGGGAAGUCAUCGAGCAAUUUGAGCCCGGUGUUUAUGUGACUGUCAUUCAAUUCGCCAAUGGCACUAAAGUCUUCAAGCGGGUUAGAUUCAG